AUGUAUCUCGGCGGUGUAGAUGAUAUUCCCAUUGAGGGGACGGAGUACGAGAAGUCCAAGCCCAGGAUUCUGCUGGUUUCUCUAUAUUGUGGUGCUGCGAUUGGAGGAUGCGUCGCCAUGGGCAUUUUCGGAGCUCUUCUGUACUACUUCUACAGAGCUCCAACUCACCUGAGCAUCACCCUGGCGCUCGCUACAAGCCUUGCUACUCUGUUCAUGGCUGGCUUCAUCUGGCUUGGUAUCCUUGUAUCCUCCCAGAUGCAGAUAUGGCUUACAGACACUGUAACUAAGAUUGAAUUUAUCGUGUACCUGCUCGACUCGAUGGCUGCCGGCAUUGCUCUUUAUCAAGUUCAGUAUGUGUUCAACUCUCCCACCUCUGGGGGGCCGCGUUCGUUUCUGCCCCGUUUGAGACAGACAUCGCGUCUCUUCCUUCUGCAUCGGCUCGGCCUCCAGGGAGCUGCCCAGAGGAUCGGCGGUGAAACAAUCACCUCUCAAAAUGCCGACUCACGAGGCAAGAGUUGA